AUGGGCGGCGUUUUAAUUACACACGGCAAACUUAUUGACUUUCUUUGUAUGAUUUCAGCAAUCGCAAACCUUAGACGCUUGGCUCACUUUGACGUGCGUGCCAACCGCAUCAGCGAACUUCCAUGCUGUCUAACCACCUUGAAGGAACUCGAGUCUCUUGGCAUUUCCAACAAUCCUCUGACCUUUCCACCCCUUAGUAUUGCAUCUCGGGGGCUUCCACAUAUCCUGGCCUUCCUAUCUGUACGCGGAGAGGACACAUCGCCCGAAUCACCGGACAGCCCCUUCUCAGGGCUCGCCGUCACACCCAAAAUAUCGGUUGUGGUGCCGCGGUAUAGCGGUAGUGAGGAGGAGGAGGAGGAGGAGAGAAUGCCACCGGAGCAGGAGAUGAAGGAGGUUCCGGAGACGAAGGCAUCACCGUCCCCCAGUGUGAGACCACGCCAUCUAGCCUCCAAUUGGUGGAGGAUUCCGAGUUCUCAGUCACCCCAAGCUCCCCCGGAACAUCCCCUUCGAUUACCAGAAUACGAACUCCACAAUGGACAAAAACUGAAGAGUGCGCGGUUGUUCGUAGACCUGAAACGUUAUAUGCAGCGCCCUCGAAUGGGGCCUCUCGGGGACCGAUUCCUCUUCCCCAUUCAUAUCCAACACCACCUCUGCCUUCUACAUCGCCUCAAAAGCCCCACCCCCUUCAACGAUCACUUAGCGCCAGACCGCCUUGAUUCUACUUUACCCUUUACAAAAAAACAGUUGGGAGACGAUCAAGAAAGAAGCCAGGUUCUGCCAAUACCUGCGACUCAACCACGAGUCACGCGGCCGGCCAUGUAUCUCCCUGAUGAAGACUCUGAGUCCGAUGACUCCGAUGACUCCGAGUCGGAUCUGGUUAGUCCUCCUCUACACCGGCCCUGCCCCCCAAAAUCUCGACCGCACACACAAUCUAGGCAAGAGGCUGAGAUCUCAUCCAGAUCAACAGUCUAUCGGCCGCCGCCAACCGUCAAUCGCCGAAAUGGUGCCGCCAAUUACGGUCAGGCGCAGGCGUAUGACUCACCCAGCGACAGCAUUGGUAAUCCACGUGGUAGGUUGCCACGAGCACGACCACUGAGUUGA